AUACUUACUGACAUCUGUCAAAAACAUCAAGCACCAAAGUGUAAUUUAAAAAGAAAACAAUACAUUUGCAUUAUUUGCCUUAUCUUUACUAAGAAAAAGGCACUGAUCACGUAAAAUGGCCACACAAAUUAGCUUACGCAGCAUUCUAGGGUUAACUUUUCUGGGACUUCUAUCUGGAGUGUCUACCAUAUUGGGGCUGUAUCAUGUACUGACCAAUAGAGGUGAAAGGGUGAGUUUUGGCUGGUUUUUGGAAAAUACUUCGCCCCAUAUGUGGGCUGCUUUGGGGAUAGGGCUCUCUGUAUCAUUAAGUGUGGUUGGAGCAGCUAUUGGUAUUCAUACUGUGGGAGUAAGCAUUGUUGGUGGAGGGGUGAAAGCACCAAGGAUUAAAACUAAGAACCUCAUAUCAGUUAUUUUCUGUGAAGCCGUAGCCAUCUAUGGACUGAUUACUGCCAUUGUACUCUCUGGCUACUUGGAUAAUUUCACAUGGGAUUUGGUGGUCAAGAAUGAUGAUCUGAAGAGCAAAAAUUGGCUUGCAGGUUAUCUCUUGUUUGGAGCGGGUCUUUCUGUAGGUGUUGUAAAUCUUUUAUGCGGCGUAUGUGUUGGAAUUGUGGGCAGCGGUGCUGCAUUGGCAGACGCCGCAAAUGCGGCCCUUUUCGUGAAAAUUCUAAUCAUAGAAAUCUUCGCGAGUGCUAUUGGAUUAUUUGGGCUUAUUGUGGGCAUUUUCAUGGUCUCUAAAGUCCAAAUGGGUGACAAAGUUCACUAAAUUCCAUAUUAGACUGUUAUUGUGACAUUUGCUAGCAUUUUAUUAGUUUAUAGGUAACAUUUAACAAGUGUACAUAUUCUUAUAUAUAGUUUUAAAGCUUGCAAGAAAUUUUAGCAGCUAUUUAGAAAAGAUCAACUUGUACUUUCUAGUAGCAUGAUUUUUUUGCUGUGAUGUUCCUUAUAAUUUGCUAUUUAUAUUUACAAAAGGGUUUAGUCAUAUAUUUGGUAGAUCUCAUAAAAAUAUAGGGAGUAUGUUGAAAUUAACGUAAAUUAAUUUAUAUUCAGGUCGUUAAUAAUAAGUACUUUAGGUGUAUUUUAAGGGAGGUGUUCUUGAAUAAUUCUUGGAUAAAUGGAAGACAAAAAGUUCAUAUUUUAUUAAUGUAAGUCUGCAAGAGGUUUAUAACUAAAAAAUAAUCAAAUUCAGAUUUUUGUGAUUGAAAGAUUACGUUCAUAAAAAGAUCGUUUAAAAAAAACUGUUUUAAAAAGAAAACAUU